AUUAUGGGUAAUACAUGGCUGCGCCCUGUUCACAUUUUAACCAUCUCACCAGGGUUAAAUGCGACAAGUUACAUCUAAAAAGGACUCCUGUCGUCACAACAUUGGACACUUUGGUUUACACUUAAAUAGUGAAAAUGUCGGAGAACCCUGACGUCCCCGGAAGAGCACUCACGAGAGUGGUGAUUUCUGAGAUGCUGAUGAAAAAUUACGAGAAACUGCCAAACAACGAUCAGAAACUUUUCCAAUAUGCACCUGUCUAUCUCGGGGGGAAUGCAGCAAUCGCAGGACUGGUCUCCAACAGCUUGUACCGCCGGGCCCUGAACGUCAGACAGGCAGUUAUCACCUCGGCCAUCCCGAUGUCCGUCCUGCCCUUCCUGACAACAGUAGCUCUGUACAGCGCAGUGGUGACCAACCCCCUCCUGUCCGGGGACCUCAACUGUCCCUCCUGUGCCUUCAUACGAGGUGCACUUGUUGGUGUGGUCGGGGGUGGAUUGUACCCCAUCCUGCUGGCUUUACCAGUCAAUAUCGGCCUCGCUGCAAGGUACAGCAGUGCCCUGUUUCCAGAGAAGGGCAAGGCGCUCCAGUUUGCCGUGGACAUCUCCAAGCCUGUCAUGAAUCAGAUGAAGCUCGUGCUGUUAAUCCAGGCUUUCUUCGGAGUUUAUCUGAGCUCCAGGAACUUUGACGCUUACACCAAACUGGCCCACUUGACGUUCGGCCGGGAGGAACGUACAGACUAAUAUACGGAACCUUUAAUGUUUGGCAAACUCAAAAAACCAUCACAUGCAAAAUAAUGCUGAUUAUCACCCCUAAGUACGAAAUAAAGUCUGCGCUGCUUUCCGUAAAAUCGCCUGUCUAUCCACUGAAUUUAGUGCAUUUGCUAUUUUUAAUUGAUGUUUAAUGUUUUUUUUAGGGAAGAAGUCUGUCAUCAAAAUCUGGCAUCAGUUGCUUUAUCUCAAACAAUCUACAGAAAUCUAGCCAACAACAAUUCUGGUGUUGUGAUGUAAUCAAACAAAAAUUCCUUUCCCUCUUCAUAUUUUUGGAUAGUGCUGCUGAAGUAUGAAGUAGUGAAGGUCCUGGGUUUGAAUUCGGGUCAGGGCGUCUCUGUGUGGAGUUUGCAUGUUCUCCCUGUGUCUGCAUGGGUUUCCUCCCACAUCCCAAAAAACAUGCAGAAGUGGGGUUAGGUUAAUUGGCCACUUUCAACUUGCCCAAAGGUGUGCAUGAAUGUGAGCGUGGAUGGUUAUUCGUCUCUAUAUGUCGGCCCUACAAUGAACUGGUGACUUGUCCAGGUUGUCCCCUGCCUUUGCCGGAAGAUGCUGGGAUGCGACCCCCAACAGGAAUAAGUGGUAGAAAAUGGAUGGAUGGAUGAAUGCUCAAGGAUGAAACUGACUCCCAAGCAAAAAUCUUACACAACUGGCCUGCUGGAGACAACAUGGAGAGGUCUUUGCUGAUCAGGCCCAUGAUUUUUGGUCAUGUUCCUCCCAUCCAGUUUUCUAUAGGGAAAUGGCAAAAAUCAUAACAUCAAUGUAUCAUUCACAACUCUCUAUCUUGGAAAUGUGCCAGAUGGAUUGAGUAAAGCUGAUGUUUAACCUCUUAGAGUCUCACUGGCUGCAGGUAAAAACAGUCAUCACAAAAUGCUGGCUCCAGAGAAAUGCCCCCACUAUAGACACUUCUGUUCAUAUUGUAAAACAAUUAUAUGUCCUCGAGCAAAUGACUAACUCAAUCUGACUUCAGAAAGAUCUGGGUGAAAAACGAUUGCAGAAAUGGCAUGCUUAUAUAGCUAAUGAGUGAGACUGUUUUCUCGUGCUGUGUGUUAUAUUUUGUCUUUUGGAUAUUCUGAUCACCCCCGGACCUUGAAUAUGUUUAAUUGUUCGUAAUAAUGCCAAUAAACAA